UCCGGCCUUUGAAAUCCCCGAGCACCUUUUAUUCGGCCCCUGAGUAUCGGUUCCUGUUCAGCCUGUCCCUAGCACCAACCUGUUACGGUUAUACAGCCAUUGCGCCUACUGUAUCUGACCCUAGCGACAACUGCGAAGCCAUCGGUGGCCCCUAGCUUUCUGAGCAUCCCGGAUAUCGAUAGAGAAAUACCCUUGCAGACCAUAGCGACAAGUAGUUCGACUCACGCUGAAGCCCGCCAAAGCAGACCAUCGAUCCUGUUCCCCCAAUUUGCCCCCGGUGCCACAGCCCAUAUCGAAAGUUGCCCUCGCAUGCGACAUCGUCACUAAAGCCCAACAACCAUGCCUUUCGGAGUCAACCCUUUCCGGAAAAAUGACCACGACUUCCCUGGAGUCGUGGUCCCCCUGUCCGAAGCCCCUCCGCAUCACAAGCCGAACCCUGAACUAGAAAAAACCGACCGCCCUGAUGAGAAGACUGACAAUAGGAGCUUGGAUAGGGCUCCCUCCUCGGAAGCCGGCGUAGGGUCUGUCCACAAUUACAACACCCUGACCAUCGAGGCCCUUCGCGCUGAAGUUGAGGCGGAUAUCGCGACAUCAGGCAAAGACACUGCGUAUGACCGCAAGGCAAAACUCAUCAAUAGAGCCAUCCAGGAUAUUGGCAUGGGCCGUUAUCAGUGGCAACUUUUUGCGCUCUGUGGUUUUGGUUGGCUAGCAGACAAUCUCUGGUUGCAGGGUGUUGCAUUGACACUAACCCCGAUUGCCUCGGAGUUUGGGGUUUCUACUACAUGGGUCCGAUUCACAACAUGCUCCUUGUUCUUGGGUCUUUGCAUUGGUGCAUCGUUCUGGGGUAUCGCGUCCGAUAUCAUCGGCCGUCGCCCGGCUUUUAACAUGACGCUAUUCAUUUGCGGUGUUUUUGGCAUUGCCGCCGGUGGUGCCCCAACUUGGAUCGGAGCCUGUGCCCUGUAUGCUUGCUUGGGUCUUGGUGUAGGCGGUAACCUGCCUGUCGAUGGGGCUCUGUUUUUGGAAUUCCUCCCUUUUGCCUCGGGAAACCUUCUGACAAUGCUGAGUGUCUGGUGGCCUCUCGGCCAAUUAGUCUCCAGUCUACUCGCAUGGGCGUUCAUUCCGAACUACAGCUGCAGCAGCGAUCUGCCUGCUUGUGGUAACGUUGCUAGCGGAGAGGCGUGCUGCACUAAGCAAAGCAACAUGGGGUGGCGCUACUUGUGCUUCACGCUGGGUGCCCUUACUUUUGUCAUGUUCAUUUGCCGCUUCUUCCUCUUCCAUCUAUACGAGUCGCCCAAGUAUUUGCUUGCACGUGGCCGUCAGAGCGAUGCUGUUGCUUCCGUUCACGGCAUUGCCCACAAGAACCGAACCAAGACGUGGCUGACUGAGGAAAUCCUCAACGAAAUUGGUGGUUAUCCUGAGGAGGUGGCAGAGGAAAAGCUCAGCUUUGCUGAAAUUGUGCGGAGGAAUCUGUCCAAGUUUUCCUUGGAGCGCAUUGGACCCCUCUUUUCCUCCAAAAAGCUUGGUUUCUCCACCGUUCUCCUCUGGUUCUGCUGGGCCACGAUUGGAAUGGGAUAUCCCUUGUUCAAUGCCUUCCUCCCCCAGUACCUCGAGCGUGCAGGUGGCUCUAGCUCCAGCUCUACUUACAUUGCCUACCGAAACUAUGCCAUCACUUCGAUUGUCGGUGUCCCUGGGUCGAUCCUGGCCUGCUACACUGUUGAGAUCAAGUAUGUUGGCCGUAAGGGUACGAUGGUUAUCUCCACCUUGAUUACCGGAGUGCUGCUCUUCUGCUUCACGGCCUCGACCGACUCCAACAUCCAACUGCUUUGCUCCUGCCUCGAGGCUUUCUUCCAGAACAUCAUGUACGGCGUCUUGUACGCCUACACUCCCGAGGUCUUCCCGGCUCCGAACCGUGGCACGGCCACUGGCAUUUCCAGCUGCCUAAACCGCAUUGCGGGACUGUGCGCGCCUCUCGUGGCCAUCUACGGCGCAAGUUCCAACCCAGAUGCUCCUAUCUACGCAUCUGGUGGACUUAUCCUGGCCGCAUUCGUGGCCAUGUGUCUUCUCCCUAUUGAAACCCGGGGAAAGCAGACGCUGUAAAUGAUAACAGAACAAAAGAGGAAAAAGGGAGGCAAGUAUUUAUAUAUUCUUUUCUUUAUUAUCUUCACCAUUACGGCUGGUUAUGUUUAUACGCUCAUGUCUUAACUUCUUGGGUAAGCGAGCAUAUUGGAAUGAUGCAU